GGCACAGGGAAAGCAGGAGCAGCCAGAAUCUCUGUGAUAGAAGCAGAAAGAAAGCCACAAAUCCAGUGCUUUUGUGUUCACACGGAACGCUAAAGCAGAAGCAGAAACGGAGGGUAGAAUCAAAGAGAAAAACAGGAGUGAGAUAGCAGAGAGGGUGAGGUGGAGGGGAAGCCGGAACGAGAGGAGAGGAGGAGCGCGUGCACGGCUGUUUGAACACACUGGUUUCCACGGUGACAACAUGGGCGCAGUGGUGGGCACGUUGACCAUGCAAACCAAGCAGAGGAGACCGUCAAGAGAUAAGGUGGAUGAUGAACUGGAGAUGACCAUGGUAUGCCACCGACCUGAGGGGUUGGAGCAGUUGGAGGCCCAGACAAAUUUCACCAAAAGGGAGCUACAAGUGCUGUACCGGGGUUUCAAGAAUGAAUGCCCAAGUGGUGUGGUGAAUGAGGAAACGUUUAAACACAUAUAUGCCCAGUUUUUUCCCCAUGGAGAUGCAAGUAAUUAUGCUCACUAUCUCUUCAAUGCCUUUGACUCUGCACACAACGGUUCUAUCAAGUUUGAGGACUUUGUUAUGGGCCUGUCUAUUUUGCUGCGAGGUUCUGUUAGAGAGAAGCUACAGUGGACUUUCAACCUGUACGACAUCAACAGAGAUGGCUACAUAAACAAAGAGGAAAUGACAGAAAUAGUGAGAGCCAUUUAUGACAUGAUGGGGAAGUACACCUACCCUGCUCUAAAGGGUGAUGUGCCAAAGCAGCACGUGGAUGCUUUCUUCCAGAAAAUGGACAAAAACAAAGACGGAGUCGUUACCUUAGAGGAAUUCAUUCUGGCAUGUCAAGAGGAUGAAAACAUGAUGAGGUCGCUACAGCUGUUUGAGAAUGUUUUAUAGAAAAGAGGACGUGAACACGUGUACAUGAUGAUUUAUGAAUAUGUGAGAAUCGGAAUGUCCAGUGUCUCAUGUGAGUGAAUUUGUUGGAUUCGUUUUUGGUCUGUCUGAAUAACGUGUAUGUGUGUGUGUGAGUGUGGAAUGCGAGACUAUUACGUCUGUCAGUGUGCGCAGUUCCCAGCCACCACAGCCUGGUUAUGUUAUGAGGGACACAAAGGCGUGAUACACGGCAUCUUACGGGCUGCCAGAGGCAUCAUGAACACUCGGCUCCAUCUCGCUUACCGCCUGUAGUUACCAGGACCUGCAACUCUUUGUCUCCCUCUACCUGUGACGAUUGGAAUUGCACCUCUGAGGCUCUCUCUACUUGCCUGUAACCUCAGCUGUUUGGCGCCGCCUACUUGUGAUGAGAAGG